AUGGUACCUCUGGAAGCUGAGUGUCUAUGUCCGGGCAGGUCUACUGCAUGCAGUCGUGUUGGAGCUCCAUAUGGUCACAGGGGCCUGGGUCCUCUUCCGUGGUUCCCUCCCCCAGAAACAGAAUCGGUUAGUGCCAAAAUUCCACAAUCUUCUUCUGUAGACGAAGUAUCGAUCAGUACCAAACCUUCACAAUCUUCUUCUGUAGACGUAGUAUCGAUCAGUACCAAACCUUCACAAUCUCCUUCAGUAGACGUAGUAUCGAUCAGUACCAAACCUUCACAAUCUCCUUCAGUAGACGUAGUAUCGAUCAGUACCAAACCUUCACAAGCUUCUUCUGUAGACGUAGUAUCGAUCAGUACCAAACCUUCACAAUCUUCUUCUGUAGACGUAGUAUCGAUCAGUACCAAACCUUCACAAUCUCCUUCAGUAGACGUAGUAUCGAUCAGUACCAAACCUUCACAAUCUCCUUCAGUAGACGUUGUAUCGGUUAGUACCACAGGUCGGAAAUCGUCUACAGUACAUCCCAUUGUCCGUUCUAACUUAACGGAUGCCAUACCAUCGACACAGUCAAACGUUGCUGUUCAUAAAACACAUACAACGCAACCCAACACAUUUAGCACAAUCACACCUACAUAUCCACCCAAUCAAUCUAUUGCUGUAAGAGUCUGUUCCUUGUCCAAAACCGAAUCCACAUACAACCAAGACGACGAUCCCUCUAGUUCCAGACACGAUACAAAAUGUCAAAAUAAGAAGGACCAAUUGUUGCAAGCACACUGUUCUAAAGAGAGGACUCGUGAAACAAUAGGUAAACUGAGUUCCGAUUGUGACGCGAAAACACCAGCACGCCAACAAGAUGUGUGUGAAUCGAAUGGGGGUCCAACAUUUGACAACACCGUUGACAGGUCAUUUGAAAGCAAGACGCAAUGUGAGGGUGUGGCCGAUCAUAGAGAAGACGAGAUAACAACUAGAAUUACCCUGUGGUGUCCUGGGAUAAAAUCAAAAUUCAACAUAGUAAUCAAACAUCAGAAGGAACUUCUACUGGAUUGUCUUCUGUUGCGAGUAUCUAGCAGUCUGACGAUAUUCCAAACAUUCAUUAAGAAUAGCCGUUCCUCGCAGCACCGAUAUAUUCCGUGCCCGAAUGAUACAUUACAAUCACCAAAGGCAACUUUUACUAUAUACGGAGUGCAAGGAACAAUGUUGAACGGUACCUGGUACACAAUUAUUGCGGGAGGCAAGGAAACAGUACAUAUGGCGAACGGGGUGAACAAAGGCGACCUAGUUAUGACAAUACAACCCCUGGACACAUUCCUAACUCUACUAGAAGAUGGGCCUAGUCAGGAACCGUACAAUAUAGAUGUAAUCGACAUCGCCCCACAGCAAUACAUGGUGAUAGACGUAAAUCCAAGGCAUGAUCAUACGAACGGCUUCAUCGUCAUCCUCCAUCAAGUUAACCCUCCAGUGGCCUGCAUCAAGUUCCACUACGGUUCAGCAGCAGAUUUUGUGAUCCCAAGCCUCCUACAUCCCGCUACAGAGUAUAAACUACAGCUCUUCAGGAUUCGUUCGAUACAUGCCACAGAUGACGUGUCUAUAGGGAAUUCACACUCAACUGUGAUCAAGUUCACCACAUACAUGACUCAGAACGAGGUGUUGGAACUUUACCAGAAAGCUGUGAGAUUCCUGUCAGCUCACUCUGCAAAUUUUACAAAUAUUUCCUUUUUCUAUCGGAAUAAAUCGGACGAGUAUUACAGCCGAAUUAUGAAUACAGAUGGCGUCAUGCACAAGUACCUCAAAAACUGGGGAGGAGAUCAGGCCUCGACACUCAACAGAAAAAUAGAAGGUCUGUUCUUUAGCGCAAAUAUAGAUCCAGUGACACUUGCUCCCCCCAAUAUUUCAUUUUUUGGUUCAGUGAGGUUGCAUGUUCCGACGUAUUUUCUUUUGAACCGCAACGUCAAUAUGUACUUCUCUGACUUUUACUGUCACCGUGUGAAUCACAAGGUCCAAAUUGUCCUGACGGUCAAGGGCAGUCCUACUGAACGCUUCUGUCGACAGCGGCUUGUUUUGCUUGAUCAAACCAACAACCCCUUCCUCAUCAGAGCUGUGUACGGAUUCAGUGAAAUCGUGCGAGUAACAACGAACAUUACAGUGGAAGUUUUCUACACCGAGGACGUUCCAAUCAAGGCCAUGAUGUGUUUCGACAAUGUGUUCUUUACCAAGACGUCACAGGAGGGGAACGCUCUAAGCAUGGUAAAUGGCGUUCCGAAGAAUAAAGACUGUAGAAUAUGUAAUUUGGACAGUUUUCUUCGUGCUCAUAAUCUAAUGUGAUUCUGUCUGUUUAUAUCGAUAGACUUUUGUAAUGAGCCCCGUUGAACAAAUAUCACUGGGUUUUUUAAACAGAUUUUUUUUCUGUUGAAAAAUGGCAGAUACACGCCGUAAAGGCAGUCGUGUGAUUAUCCACGUUAUUUACCGUAUUCUUUCUGCUCUAAACGGCGGUAAGAUAGUGUAAUAUUGAUUGUGAAUAUCGCAUUGAAAGCCCUGUCUAUAGUGAAUUUACUCUCGGAGGCAUUUAUAGAUACAACAAAUAAUCAUGACAUUUCCCGAAUCUCAUUUUAUGAACUUCAGGUAACCCGUCCACAUAUGUGCCUGGGUUUAUCGGUGAACUCAAAAUAACCCGUCUACUUAUAUGCUUCGGUAUCUCAGUGAUCUCAAAAUAAGCCGUCUUCUUGUAUGCCUGGGUAUCUCGGUGAACUCAAGGUUACCCGUCUACGUACAUACCUGGGUAUCUCGGUAAACUCAACGUAACCCGUCUACAUAUACCUGGGUAUCUCGGUAAACUCAAAGUAACCCGUCUACUUACAUCCCUGGGUAUCUCGGUGAACUCCAGGUUACCCGUCUGUUUUUAUACCUGAGUAUCUCGGUGAAC